CCAGGAAGCACUGAAUACCUGCUUUAUUUCAAUAUGAGACCUAAGUGGUGCUCAUCCACAAUCUUUUGGUAUCGAACUCAGGAUCUUCAGAUCACACAGCGAGUGCUCAACCUUCAGAUCACUAAGGAAGCUUACAUGUCUAAUUUGAGCUUCCCCCGUGAGACCUUAAGGAUCUGGGUUUUGGUCUGCAGUGAGGUCGUGAACAUUCACGACUGAGAGGUUUCGUUUCAAAACAAAACAGCUGCCUCAUAGUUUUUCAAUAGUUGUCUAACUAAGAUCCAUGCGGGAUAUAAACUAAGAAUACUUUCACGUAAUAUUCUUUGUUUAUCACCUGCGAUAUUUAAAUUAGUAAAUGCUUAACUUCGUGAAUUGUCUCUUGAACAUCGCUAGAUGUUAAUAAAAAAUUAUCUUAUAUACACUAUACUCGAAGGUUAUGCUUGAAUGACGUAUUUUUUUAUAAUGUUCAAAUAGAAUUUUGUUUUGAAAUCUCAAAAGGUUGAUUUCGCAUAUUCAAAUAUAUAAACUCCCUGCUCGUUCGUAUGGUAGCAUAAAUUAUAAUUCUUUAACACUACAUGUUUUUUGACUUUUUCAAAGCUCAAAUUUUUAUUUAUUGGGUAACUCACCAUUACAUCUUAGAUAUUUUUUUACUUAGAUCCAUGAGGAAGGUAUAUGCAUAAAAUCGAGAGGUACAUACUCGUUCACAGGUACUCGAACCAUAACCGUAUGCUGUACCAUCUAAUCUUUCUUAAAAUAAAACCGGCUAGUUGGAAUACCGCAUCUGUCUCUUGCUGUAGCCUUAAUGCAUAUUAUUUAAGGCUUAUCGAAUUUUCACAUACCUCCAACUCUUACCUUAUCAAAAUCCACGUUAGCUAAGUCUUCUUAUUUAGUAUCGGGGACGAGUCUACUGGAUGUAUCAGUAUUUUAGUUGAUAGCGCUCAGUCAACACUACAAAUUAGAAAAUAUAAAAUUAGGUACUCUAUAGUCAUAUUGAUCGAUUCAGAUUUUUUUUAAUGCUCCUUCAGUUAUACUCUAAAUUGUUAUCGGGUAAGUCAAUGCACCGAUAAAUAACCAUUAAAUAUAGUUAUUUAUCUACCGUAUUUUAUGCCCCCUUUAUUGCUAUAAUAUGUUGUUCGGCAUUCCGAAUAAUUUCCAUAUUGCCAUUUUCUGUUUUUUUCUUGAAAUAACUCAUAAUAACUCGUUUUCGCGGUGGUUGUUUUUUAGUAGGGAAUGGCUCCAAGAACUUUCCGGUGGUCAAAACGAGAUUGUUUAUCACCUGAUACUGAGACAAUUAAUUUGGUUGCUCUUGUAUUCGAAGAUUCUGAAUUGUUUGAGGCGGAAGCAGCUGAAUUAAGUAUUGACGAGUCAGACGAUUCUUUUUCUCUACUUAUUCGUAAUGAUAGUUUAUUCGGUGAAAUCAAUCCAGAAGAAUACAGUACAUUACCUAGAAGCCAUCAUUCAAAUUUAUCUGCGCAUAGUUUGGCGACAACUUCAAUUGUAACGCCAACUCAUCAUGCACAAACAAUAGAAUUUAAUUUGAUUUCUACCUCACAAUUUGAAUCAUCUGGAUCAAACUCUAAUGAUCAUAAAUCACAUUCCCCUUCAAGUUUCAUUGGUGUUGGUCGAAUUCAUGAUUUUCUUUCUACAUUGCCUGUUCAUGUUUUAAGUAUCAGUACCAGUUUCCCUUGUUCACCUUCUUCAUGGCCGUGGCAUUUACUUGCUUACACUGAUUUACCAGCUUUUGUGCAUGCUAUUACUUCUGAUUUAAACUGUUUCUGGAAUUUAUUCAAUGGAAAUGCGAGUAAACAUUCAAAUUUUGUUGAUGUUAUCCCAUGUGAUUCAGCGUUUGACUUGACAACUUGUAAUUUAACAUGUCAAGCUGAAGUUGAACUAGUUAAAUGUGAUGAUACAUUUAUCCAAACUAAUUAUCAAAUGAAGUGUAUAAAUCCGUCAACCUCAACACCGAGAAAUGAAAAAGACAGUGCAAUAGUUACCCAUAAAUGUCUUCAAACUAGUCAAAAGUUAGUCCCAUUUUUCUGUGUUGGAGACCAACUUAGAAUCAGUGAUGAAAUGAAUAUUGUCUUAUUUCCUUUAUCCGGUCUUCAUCCAAAUCUGUUAAAUGAUAGUCAGUUAUGCCAUUCCACCUUUACAGCUGUCUACCUACUCCUCAUUAAUGAUGAUUCCAAACCUGAAAUUAAUACCAGUGGGUAUAUAUCUAAUCUAAGUACCAAUCACGUACAGAACACUGAAGGGUCCUGUGAUUAUGGCCUUAUGGACGAUACUUUUUCUGAUAAAAAUGAUCAGCUACACAAUACACCUAUCGUUCUUGCACUUCUAGUUCAAAUUUCACCAUCAAAACAGCUUACUUGUCCGAUAACAGUUAACCAUAAGUUAUGUCCAUUUUCUAUGGUAUCUGAUUUAAAGUUAUUUAAUGGUCAAAAGUUUACUGUUCUUUUGGCUGUGGUCGAUUUGUUAGUUAGUAAGAAUGACAAUGAUGAAUUUCAGUUACACGGUGUCUUGCAUCAACGUUUAAAUUAUUUGUCUGACUUCAAAUUUGAACUUUUUCUCCACAACCAACCAUAG